UCAUUUCGAAACGGAUGCCUAAAUCUCUGUAGUGUUGACGCAUACAGACAUACACACACACAGUAACGGUUCAACGUUCGAUACCAGAGUGGAGAUAACUAAAGCUGCAGUGAUUCAAAGUGACUACACUAUCGUUUUUUUUCAGUUUGUUUCAGUGUUGUCUGGUGAAUCAGUGAACAAACAUUGAACGGCAAAAUGGCCACCUUGUCCAUCGAUGAUAAUCCCAAUCAUGUCAUAUUGUCCACGAUUUCGGUUGAUGACAAACAAGAUGAAUUCGAAGAUGCCAGCGAAAACAUCUCCAACAGUGAUAGUGGUCAUUCCAGCCAGAUGACUUGUUCACCCGACAUAUCUGUAUCGUCCCAUUCCAGCGAUGAUGAUUUGACUGCCAAUGUUGUCGAUGAUGAUGAUCGACCAUCAUUGGAAGAAUCUUUGGCCGAUAUUGAUCGCCUGCUUCAUCUGGCCUUGGACAAUCGUUUCCACGAAGCCUAUGAAGGAACAGAAAAAUGGUCCCAUUGUAGCCUCUAUCAUGCGUUGGGCAAAGCAACACUUUCCUUUCUCAAAGGAUGUCUCACACUCGAGCGACCAGAAAUUCAAACAGCGUUGGACAAUCUCCGCAACUGUAUGGACGUCUGUCAGCGGGAAAAGCGUUAUUCGAUGACCAAACUGGUCUGGAGACCCAAUUACAACAGCUACACUGAUGUUCAAAUUCAUGCCGAACUAUGCUAUGCCGAAGCAUUAUUGAUGACUGCUUUGAUGACUUUCCUCGAAGAUCAAAAUCUUUUGAAUUUGGUUCGCGGUGCAUUCCGUAUCCGAGCCUGUUAUCAAUCAUACAAGGAAUGUUUCUACAUCCUCAACAAUCGAACCGAAUGGGGCAGUGAAUACUCCCGACUUCACUUUGAAUCCGGUGUUCGAUUAGGCAUCGGAACAUUCAAUUUGAUGAUAUCACAUAUGCCAUCCAAAGUGCUCAAAUUGCUCGAAUUUGUUGGCUUUUCGGGCGAUCGACAACAAGGUUUGCGAGAACUUAAAGCAUCCACUUUGCUUCAGAAUGGACUUCGUCGUCCGUUGGCCGUAUUGAUAAUGUUGGCAUAUCAAUGUUAUGUCGAGCAUAUCUUCGGUCUAGGCGAUGGCGACAUGCAAUGCGUCGAUACAUGCCUUGAUUAUGGCCUUUCCCAACAUCCGGAUGGAGCCUUUUUUCUUUUAUUUCUUGGUCGCAAAAAACAACUAACCGGACAGAUUGAAAAAGCAAUCGAAGCACUGACAAGAUGCAUAUCCGUGCAAAAUGAAUGGAAACAAUUUCACAAUAUUUGCCAUUGGGAACUCCUCUGGUGCUAUGCAGUUCAAUGUGACUGGAUUAAUGCUUCCAAAUGUGCCGACAUUCUCAGACAACAAUGCAAAUGGUCACCCGGAGCCUAUACAUAUCAAUAUGCUACAUUUCUCUAUAUGAUUAUGGUCGAACAGAAUAGGCCCGAGUUGCAAACAGAAAUAUCGCAACUGCUCAAACGAGUACCAGAACUACGGGUCAGGUUUGCGGGCAAAACAGUGCCAGCCGAGAAAUUCGCCAUUGUUCAAUCGCAACGAUAUUUCGACCACGACCAACAAUUGGUCCUGCCAGCCAUCGAGUACAUGUACAUCUGGAAUAUAUUCGCCGUCAUUGGUCAGACUCCUCAUCUGUUGAAUCCGAUCAUAGAGCGUGUGGAAAAGUAUGAACAAAUUGAACAACAAAAACUGUCUGAACCCGAUCAACCACUAGAUGAUUAUUGUCGAUGUCUUUUGCUCAAAGGAAUGUGUCUCAGACACCUUCAACAACAUUCACAAUCGAACGAAUGUUUUCUGAAAAUAAUAGAAUGCAAGGAUCGAAUCGAAUCGAGUACUUAUCUCAUACCGAAAGCUACACUCGAACUGGGACUCAACCAUCUCAAAUUAGGAUUGCUGACCGAAGCUAGGCAAUGGUUGGAUCAGGCCAAAACAUAUUCCGGCUAUACAUUGGAGGCCAUCGUUCAUUUUCGCAUCCAUACCGCUAUCCGAACUAUCAACAGCAGGACCAAAUCGCAAACACUCUCCGAACAUGAUGACGAUUCAAUCGAUCAAUCCAACGAAAAACCGCCCGAACCUGGUACUAUUCGAACCAUAUGGAGCGAACUAUCAAAACGCCUCACAUUUUCCGACCAAACUAUCGACGAUACGUUUGUCGAAUCACAGACCAAAUUCUAGAUUGUUAUCCUUGUAAUUGCUAAAUAAGAAAUGUGUUCGCUUUAAAAUUGUCCCCUUAAGAAUUGCAUACAAAACUUAUUAAAUAAAUAAAACUGCAACAUUCACGAA